AUUAUUAUUAAUACUAAAUAAUAAUAGUAAUAAUAAUAAUAAUAAUAAACAUAACUCAGAGGCCUCGUGAAUUCAGAUUAUUAUUAACGAAUAUGGAGGUGGAGCACUUUUUGCUUGUCGUCGUCCAUUAUUAUCUUCUCCUUGUUCUUCAUCGGCACCCUCAAACGUGAUCUCCGCGACAUCAAUAACCACCGUCCUUCAUUCACCCGACCCGCUGAAUGAGAGUGGAGCUCUGAAGUACAUAUAUAGAGGAAAAAGGGGCGGGUGGGAAAUUGUGGUUGUUUCAUGGGCAACACAUGCCGUGGUUCUUUUGGAGCGAAAGAUUUUCAGGGCUACAGCCAGCCCGAAGACCAGUCCAUUUCCAAGCACAACACAUCUUCUAGCCACUCUAAUUAUUCUGACAUUUCCCCCACCAGCUUCAACUCUCAACAGAUCAUCUCUCAGGAAUUCUCCAAGGACAACCCCAAGAAAACCAACAAUAUUACCAAUCCCCCUCUUGUUAGUUUCCCUAAAGACGGUAUUAUGAAGCGUAGCAACGAUAACCAGGCUUAUUACGUAUUGGGUCAUAAGACUGCCAACAUCCGCGAUCUCUACACUUUGGGUCGUAAAUUAGGACAAGGACAAUUCGGUAUUACUUAUUUAUGCACCGAGAUUUCCACGAGCAUCGAAUACGCAUGUAAAUCUAUCUCGAAGAGAAAGUUGAUUUCCAAGGAAGAUGUGGAGGAUGUUAGGAGGGAGAUUCAGAUAAUGCACCAUUUGGCAGGUCACAAGAAUAUUGUAACCAUUAAGGGCGCCUAUGAGGACCCUUUAUACGUUCAUAUUGUGAUGGAGCUUUGUGGUGGGGGUGAAUUGUUUGACAGGAUUAUUCAGAGGGGACAUUACAGCGAGAGGAAGGCUGCUGAAUUGACAAAGAUUAUCGUUGGGGUUGUUGAGGCUUGCCAUUCACUUGGGGUUAUGCAUAGAGAUCUAAAGCCUGAGAAUUUCUUGUUGGUUAACAAGGAUGAUGAUUUCUCUCUCAAAGCCAUUGACUUUGGACUUUCAGUUUUCUUCAAGCCAGGUCAGGUUUUCACUGAUGUGGUUGGGAGCCCAUAUUAUGUUGCUCCUGAAGUGCUUUUGAAGCAUUAUGGUCCAGAAGCAGAUGUCUGGACAGCAGGUGUCAUACUAUAUAUACUGCUAAGUGGUGUACCACCCUUUUGGGCAGAAACACAACAAGGGAUAUUUGAUGCGGUUCUGAAGGGACACAUUGACUUUGCAUCAGAUCCAUGGCCCGUUAUAUCUGUCAGUGCUAAGGAUCUAAUACAGAAGAUGUUAUGUUCUCGACCUUCAGAACGGUUAACUGCUCAUGAAGUAAUGUGCCAUCCUUGGAUUUGUGAAAACGGAGUUGCUCCUGAUAGAGCUCUGGAUCCAGCUGUACUUUCGCGUCUCAAACUGUUCUCUGCAAUGAAUAAGUUAAAGAAGAUGGCUUUACGGGUAAUUGCUGAAAGCCUAUCUGAGGAAGAGAUUGCCGGUUUGAGAGAGAUGUUUAAGGCAAUGGAUACUGAUAAUAGUGGUGCCAUCACAUUUGAUGAACUUAAAGCUGGUUUGAGAAGAUAUGGCUCUACCUUAAAGGACAUAGAAAUACGUGAUCUCAUGGAUGCGGCUGAUGUGGACAACAGUGGGACCAUUGAUUAUGGGGAAUUCGUGGCUGCAACAGUUCACCUUAAUAAACUAGAACGGGAGGAACAUCUAGUGGCAGCAUUUCAAUACUUUGACAAGGAUGGAAGCGGUUAUAUUACAGUUGAUGAGCUCCAGCAGGCCUGUGUGGAACAUAACAUGACCGACGUUUUUCUUGAAGAUAUUAUUCGAGAAGUUGAUCAAGAUAAUGAUGGAAGAAUUGAUUAUCAGGAAUUCGUUGCUAUGAUGCAGAAGGGCAAUGCGGGAAUCGGAAGACGAACAAUGCGUAACAGCCUGAAUUUGAGCAUGAGAGAUGCACCAGGAGCUCAUUAGCUUCUAGUUUUAGAAACCAGUUGGGAAAGAAGGGAGAUGACCUAUUUGCGGAUUCUCCCCUGCACAUGUGCCCGCCAUCACAUGAGAUUUGAGGGAGGUUAAGUUGAAGUAGAGUAUAACUACUGGAGAAUUGGGGUGAGCAGCUGAAAGCUUAAAAGUGAUACAGCUGUUCGAGGUGCCUAGGUCAUUAUGUGUACAAGGUUUUGUGCUUAUAUAUUUUUCGGAAGGAAGAGGUGGGGUUCCAAAAGGAGGUUUUGUGGCGUUUUCAUGACACCAGAAUUUUUUUUACAUGUUUUCCUACUACCCAAGUGAGAUUGUGAAUUUGGAACUGUUCGCAGAGUUGUGUAAUUAUACUUGACGUACAAUGAGUUCAAUUCUAUGAGUUGGGUUGGGAAGAAGGUAGUAUAGAAUCUCAUGUCAUUAUAUGAGAAAAAACAAUCAUAUGCAGACUACCACCUAUUUCUUUGUUGUGACCAA